AUGCAGAAUGGUAGAAUUCAAGUUGAAAUGAAAAAUGAUGCGAUACGAUCAGAAUAUUGGACAAAUAAACAAAUACAAAAAAGCAUUUCAAUACCGCUUACAUUGGCUCCAUUAGCAGUGCCGGAACAUUAUAUCUCAUCAUCAUCUGAAGAUGCAUCGGACAUUAUUGUGAUUGAGACAAUUGUGCUCAAUGAUGAAAUGGAAAAAAAAGAUGAAAGAGAUGUAAAUGUAAAGGAAGAAGUAAAAAAUUCAUUGGAAUCGAUGUUAUCACCACUGAUUACAUAUAUGCAAUUGUUGGGUUUUAUAAAUGCAACAAACAAUGAACGAUUACGAAAGCCUUUAUUAAUUUACAAUAUUUUGGUGAUAAUUUGUUUGGUAAGUAAAUUUAAAUUAAUUAUUGCUAAGAAUAAUGGUAUUAAUGAUAAGGAUAAAAAUGCAGCAAAGGGAAUAAUUUUAGUAACAUGCGAAUAA